AAUCCUCUAACAAUAUGGUGUUUUGAUCUUUGAUAUCUUUUCUCAUUAAGUUCACCUCUCCAGUUGAGGAAUAAAGUAACCCAUUUGACAUCCUUAGUGCUAUUGCAGAGGUGAGUGAAGAUAAAUGUUAACAGAUUUGACAUAGUGAUAGCUUUGAUCCAUGAGAGUUUCUUAAAUUGGCACUCCUUUCUCCUGAAUCUUUGAGAAGUUCCAAGGCAACGGAGAUCAAUUUCAUGGCAGUGUUAUGUUACAUUGAAUGUGCUAGUUAAUGUUGCACUGCUAUUGAAUUUGAGAUCACUAUUCUUUGGUUUUUUGGAGAGAACAUGCAGAGUGGAUUAGGCACCUCUAAUCAACUUCGUCAUUGAAAGACACCUCUAGAACUCUAGUCAUCCCCAUAUGAAAUCUCUCUUCCACUAAUUUAAGCUACUAGCAAGAGUAAUUAGUUUCCUCCUUGAUGAAUUUAGUAAUUAAAGUUGUACUUGUCACUUAUUUUUCCCUCUUAGUUUCCAUUGCCAACCUAUAGACAAAACUUGUUUAACUUCCAGAUUAAUCAUGUAUAAGAUUUCUUUAUACCAUUAUCCAAAGCCCGCUGUUGGAUAUCCAAGUUCUAUUAACCCUGUUGCAUUAUUUAAUUACAAGACGUAUGGUUCUGCAGGCUAAAAGAUCUUCACCAGAGGUGCACAAAAGAGAUGGAUGAGUAUGUUGGCUGUAUGUAUUACCAUACAAAUGAGUUUGAUUUAUGUCGCAAAGAGCAGGAGGCAUUCGAGAAAUCCUGCCCCUUCAAGUGAUUCACAAACCAUAUUUGUUAUGCCAUGCUUCAAAUAAGUUGGUUCAAUUUGCCAUGAGCUAAUACUGUUGCGCACAAUCUGAUUGUACUUUUUUGCGGUAUGACUUAAUUGUCUACCUCCUGUAUUUGUUAAGAUUGUUCUUAAAAAUGGUUCAAAACUAAAAUCAAUAGUAUUGUCUUCG